AGUAAAAGUAGUUCGCUCUUUAGUUCAAAUGGCGCCAAAACUGUAAAUUUGGUGGCAAAAGUUGUGUUUGUGUAAAUUUAUUUUAUUUCGAAAAUCAUGGAUGAAUUGGCACAGUUGCGCAAACGCAUUACAACAUCGUUCAAGUUAUGCGGUUUUCUGAUUCGGUCCGAGAAUAGCACCUACCUCGCCGAGCAACUGCUGCCCUUCGAGCCGGCCGAGCGUGAAAAAUGGAUGACGGUCAUAACGGAGAAUCUACAGGGACAGAAGCUGUCAACGCCGCAUGUUGAACGUGAAGCGUUGGAAAAGGCCAUCAAUGAACUAAACCGCGUUGGUUUGGAUGAGGGCGAGACAAUUUUUUCACUAAUCGAUGCAUUUACCGUGCCACGCUACCGCUACAACACGCGGAUCAAAAAGUUUGAGCUGGACACGCAGCCGCGACGCCUGCUGACACAGCCUCGCAUGAAGUCUGACUAUCUGCAGCAGCGCUAUGCAAUGUUGCUGCAGAAAACCCUGCGGCAUGAUCUUUUCGCGCCAGCAGUCAUCCAAGAUGGCGUUGCAGCCGCAGCGCAGUCAAAAAAAUUCAAAUUGCAGUACGCAGAAAACUUGCUGGCGACAUCCCAUCUGAAAGAGGCUGUGGUAUUGGGUCUGCUCACUCAGCUCAAGGAGGGGAAAUUCUUCGUAGAGGAUCCAACGGGUUGUGUAGAGCUUGAUUUAAGCGGCGCACGUUUCCAUGCCGGCUUCUUCUGCGAGGGCUGCUUUGUACUUGCGGAGGGCAGCUAUGCGAAUGGCGUACUAAAAGUCGAUGGUCUAGGCUUUCCGCCCGCUGAACAAGCCACCAGCAGCCGUGCCUUCUUUGGCACCGGCAACACUUGGGGCGGCGAGUCCACAAAGCUGCUGAAGUACUCGCCACGUUUGCAAGAAGUGGAGCGCACCAAUACGGAAACGACGCUGGUAUUCCUGUCUGAUGUGCGUUUGGAUCUGCCUGUUGUCAUGGACAAACUGCGCCAGCUUUUUGUCGGCUAUGAUUCCUGCCCGCCUCAGGCCAUUGUCCUCAUGGGACCCUUUACGGCCAGCACGCGCAAUCACCAUGAGCUGCGCCAGCAUUUGGAUGCUCUGGGCGCAUUGGCCGCCGGCUGCGAGCAGCUUAAAAAGCAGACCGAUUUAAUUCUUGUGCCCUCCGCCGAGGAUCCUACAGCACCGAACAUUUUACCACGCGCUCCGCUGCCCGAGUGUUUGGCCGCUGGACUGCUCAAGGCUUGGCCACGCACCCAGCUGGCCACCAACCCCUGCCGCUUGCAGUAUUGCACACAACAGAUUGUCGUCUGUCGUCUGGAUCUUAUGGCCAAAUUCUGUCGCAAUACGCUGCACUUUCCGCCAGACACAACGCACAUUGAGCAGCACUUUGCACGCACGCUGGUCUGUCAGGGUCAUCUGGUGCCCAUACAUCCAAUUGCGAUGCCCGUGCACUGGGAUUACGACCCGGCACUGUGGCUUUACCCACUGCCUGAUCUCAUUGUGAUGGGUGACUCCUGCCAGAGCUUUGCCAGCACUCAGCAUGACUGCACGGUGUUGAACACCGGCUCCUUUGUCAAGUCCAAGUUUGCCUUCAAGGUAUACAUACCCGCCACACGCACCAUUGAGGACUCCGAGAUACCCGGCGACAUGGAUGCAAGCUAGGCCCACUUCUGCCCACAAAUGUAUGUUGAAACAUUUCCCCUCACUCAAUCCCAAUAUAUAUAUGUAUAUGCAUGUGUAUUUGUAUGUAUAUUUGCCACAUUAACUUUGGAGCCUCACAUGUUGCGUUGUCCCUCUCCGCCCCAACCCACUUGCCAUGCGUGUUUCUCAGUUGAUAAGCGCAGAGCGUCACCCUCGUCGGGCAUCAUAUGCGGCACAGCAUGUGUUCCACAAUCUUUUUGGCUGCUGACGCGCCUCGCAAUCUGCUUUUUACUACUCGUCGGGGGUUGUCUAUUAUUUUUCAUGACUUAAAGCCGAUUUGGUAGAAUAUUGUUGCUCUGCUCGGCGACGUCACUUAGCGCCGUGGAAAUUCAAUUUCCCAGCCGCACACACAUAGCGCCUCGCCAGCUGAAACGGUUAAUGCGUUUGACCUGAGGACAUCAAUUGCCCUCGUUUUGUGACAUUGCUACUUUUUCGUUUCUCGUUUUGGGCCACCCUGGGCCCAAAAUCGUUUUUUAAGACAUCAUUAGCCCAUGGCCGGCAGAAGCAUAUAAGGGCGACGUUUCCGAUUGCUGCCCUGCCUGGCAGCGUUCUCUAUUGAUUUAUGAUUUAUUGCCAAAUACUUUGAUAGUUCCAUAAAGUGUCCGGUGUCCGGUGCCCCUUUCUAUGUAUCAAUUUCCAAAAUGUGUCCAGUGUGCAAAUUCAAUUGUCAGGGCGGUUCACAGAGCUGGGCGUGUCUUUGUUUUGGGCUGCCAUUGUUUUCCAUUUUGCGAGCGUCUGCUGGAGCCUGCAACCCCCCCAAACUUUGAAAUAUUUGUGCCGGAGCGACAAUCUUGCUUCUGCUUCAUUUAACUGGUACAUUUGCAACUUUUAAAAUUUAAAUAUUGUUUGCGACUGCUGCGCAAUUGGCGAAGUGGAGCAAUAACAUAAAAAAGCAUUUUAUCUCGGCUGGUCAUUAUUUUUUAUGAUGCCCACACAGUUGACACCAUUUACAUGAUUUCAACGAACCGCAGCAGCAACCCCACCUUCCCCCUUCGCCCGACCACAGAAUUCGAUUAAAGCAAUCGCUGAUGCGGAAUCCUCCGAAAUCUGUUGAUGGAGACACAAUCGCUGGGCCCCAGGCUCAUCAAUCAGUGUCACAGCUGCGCCUCAAGUGGUCGACGCAACUCCAAUCAAGGAUCAAAGCAACUGGACGGGGGCUAGCCGGCGACACAUCAUCAACCAUCUUCUAACUCUUCCACACAUCCUGUUCCAAUCACACACAGGAUGCGGCCAAGUGCAUGUCCUGUGGUUAUUUGACAAUUGUUCGACUUGUUAGCAUAUCCUUCACUGAUUUUCCAAUGUUGCCAAAGUGGCCAUAUGUCAGGCGUCCCAUAUAAUCACGUAUUCCAGUCGCUUUUGUGGUGUGAUUUUUUUAAUUUUCAUGGUUUUGACAGGGGGCGGGGCAUGGUCUUAAAUAUGUAUUGUAUACCCUUAUGCCUGAGGUGAACGAGGUGGCUAUGAUGAAUGCCAGACAUAGGGGUUGUUAUCUGGCAAGCAUGUUGAUUUUCACUCUAUACUAAAGCCCUUUACGGAUCAAAAGUUUCAUUUUUGAAUAACUCAAGAUUAUGCGGAUCGUUUUCAUAAGUCCAGCAUUAAUUCUGGAAAUGGGUAUUAAAAUUUUAUUGCGUUAUUAUAAAGCAUACUCUUAAUAAAUACUUUUACAAGGAUUCGAUAUUCUGUCACUGUUUGUUGCUUAAGUUAUUUUUUCUUUUUGUAUUACUAAAUAUAAAACCGAGUUCUAUGAGUUCUAACUGCUUAUAAAAAAA